AUGGCAACUGCAAGGUUCUGCUUGUCUAUGCACUCGAUUCAUCGUUCCUUCUUACGAUUUUCAUCAGUUCCCGGGGUUUUUUCUCCAGAUUCCUUGGAGGAAUCUAUUAAAGCUGCUGUUGAAGCAAGAAAUUAUGCAGAAAUUCCUGAUCUUCUCACUGGUUCUCAAAUGUCGUGCCCCAAAUCCAAUCCCUUCUCUUUUCUUACAAGAUUCCCUAUAAAACAAAGGACAACAAUAGUUGAUGACAUUUUAGAAUCUUUGGUUUCACAGAGACCCCGUUCUAGACCUCACAUUGCAUAUUCCUGUCUUCUCAUGUACACUCUUCAAAGUCUUGAUCCCCUUCCACUUGCCUUUGCUGUCCUACAACGUAUGCUUCGAUCUGGUUGUCUUCCUGUUCCUGAAACUCACCUCCUACUUUCUACAGCGUGGCUUCAGUGCCGAUCACAAUCUCAGUCUGUUUCAAAUAUACUGUUGGAGAUGCAGAAUAUCGGAUAUAAUCCUGACAGCGGCAUUUGCAACUAUCUCAUAUUGUCGUUGUGCAGAGCUGAUCAGUUAAAAGAAGCAUUUAAAGUCUUGAAGGGUAUGGGUCGGGCUGGUUGUGUUCCCGAUUUGGAUACCUAUGGAACUCUUAUUGCUGCAAUGGCUGAUCUCAAAAUGACAUCUAAUGUUGUGGAACUGAUGAAGGAAAUGGUGGGAACCUUUGGCUUGUGCCCAAGGCAACAGCUGUUGGUGAAAGUCACUAGACUAUUCAGGGCAAAUAAAGAGUUCCAAAGAGCAAUUGAGAUGAUUGAAUAUUUGGAGAGUAAGGAUGUUCAUGUCGGAUUUGAUGUCUAUGAGUUGGUGCUGGAGGGGUGCUUGGACGGUCGUGAAUUCGUCCUAGCAGGAAAACUUGUCAUGAGUAUGACUGGAAAAGGUUAUAUACCUUACAUCACAGUGAGACAAAGAGUAGUUGAAGGCCUUUACAGCAUUAAUGAGAUGGAACUCGCUUCAGCUGAGAAUGGUCAUUGGAUUGAUCAAUCAGUUGAGGGUGAUAAUUUGCAGGAAGGAGCUUUUGUUUCUGAACAAGCUGGUGAAGACCAUGAAUUAGGCGAGCCCGCGGAUGACAUCUCUUUAGAAAAUAAUCCAGAAGCUGUGGAUAUUAUGGAAAUUGCAGAAGGAAACGGUGGUUGCAGUCAGCAGUUAGAGACUCUGCAUAAUCCUGCUGUUUCUUCGACGGGUCCUUUGGAUGAUCCAUUUGGCUUUAGCAAUUUUGUCACAAUUCUUUCCCCCAAAGAAGAGGAAGAGUUCAUCAGGCCUGCAGCCGUGCCACUCCCAGAGGUUCCAAAUUCGAUUCAAGUGAGGACCAGAUCGUUGAAUGAUGUUUACCCCGAUGAGUUUCUGGGUGUACUGGUUGAUGAUGGUGUCCAUGGUGUUGUUCAGUUUUCUCCUCCAACUGAACCAACAGCAGUAGACAAGGAGGAUUUGGAAGAGUUGGAUGGAUUUAAUAUACUUAAGGAGGAGAAGAAUUAUGUUAAUGUGGCAGAAUUUCCAAUGAUUCAACAAAUCAACCAAGAGCCUGCGUGUAGGCAGAUUGAAGUUAUUCCAGAGGCUGGUCAGACUGAUGAAGCAAAUGCUAAGAAUGAGCAUUCUAAUGGAAAUGGUGUUGAUCCAACUUUCCUGGAAGCACUUCCAGAAGAUCUUCGCGCAGAAGUUCUUGCAUCACACUAUCACAAAGUUUUAGCACAGCAACAAGUGCAAAGAAUUGCACAGCAGGCUGCAGGGCAGCCAGUUGAAAUGGAUAAUGCCUCCAUCCCUGCCACUUUCCCUGCUGAUUUGCGUGAAGAGGUUCUUUUAACAUCUUCUGAAGCAGUUUUAUCUGCUUUACCCUCUCCGCUGCUUGCUGAAACCCAAAUGCUGAGGGACAGAACUAUGAAUGAUCAAGCUCGUAGCCUCUUUGGAAGCAGCCACAGGGCCAAUCUUGUCCGUCGUCUGCUUGACACUAUCAAGGCUGAAGAUGAACUCUCGGUGGCAAAUUGUGCCAGUCCAAUUCACUCAGGCUUAAUGCUUUUCAGUCUAAUGUUGAUUAUGGCCGAUAGCAGUUAUUUGAUGGUAUUGCUUCUUUCCCGUGAAUGUGUCCUUCAAGUAUUGCAGACAUUAAGUUCAUUCACUUCCGCUGCCAAAGAAAAUAGUGGAGAUACUGCAAAUGAUGCAGAUCAGGAGGAGCACCCUACUAUGUGGAAGUUGAAUGUUGCAUUGGAUCCAUUAUGACAAGAACUUAGUGAAUGUAUUAGCAGGAUGCAGUCAGAGCUGACACAAAACUCUUUCUCAUCAUUUGGUACAAAAUUAACAUGGGGGAGCAUGUGCAGGGUUCAUCUGUCUCUCCGCCUCUUCCACCUGGGACUCAGAGACUGUUGCCUUUUAUUGAGGGUUUCUUUGUCUUGUGUGAGAAACCGCAAGCACAUAAUGCUUUUGUUCAGCAAGAAUGUGGAAAUGCAACUGCAGGAGAGGUGCUGUGGUUCUUACCAGAAAACUGAUGGCACUUCAACAUUUACAAAGUUUUCUGAGAAGCAUCGGCGCCUUUUGAAUGCUUUUAUUAGGCAGAAUCAUGGCUUAUUGGAAAAGUCUAUUUCUAUGUUGUUGAAGGAACUGCAGCUGAUAAAUUUUGAUAACAAAAGAGCUUAUUUCCGAUCCAGAAUCCGACAACAGCAUGAGCAGCACCUGUCUGGCCCAUUACGCAUUAGUGUCCGGUGGCCGAAGAGUACUCCCUAGACAAACACCAUAAAAACUCUCUUCUGGUACAUGAUACAAUAACUGAAACCUUCCAAGUAAUGCCAACAAAUCCAAAUCAGACUAACAAGGCCAACAAAAUGAAGAAUAAAAUCAUAUAAGAUGCAAAAUGGAUAAUAGACAGCUCAAUAUCAUAUUUUACCCAAUAGGAAAAACUCUCUUCUGGUACAUGCUAAAUAACUGAAAGCUUCCAAGUAAG